AUGACGAGCAGCUGUGUGAGGCCUGGGCCCAGGCCCGGCCUAGUCUGCUGUCCCUGCCUGGGCCCCGGCCUGGCCUGCUGCCCCUGCCCCUACCCGGCCCCUGGUGAUCGCGGGAGGCCAACGCCAGGCCGGCUCUCCACCGCCGCUGCCCUCUACUCCGAGCUGACCUGCUACCUGGAAUCCAUGCUCCGUCUAGCCUUCCAGUCGGGCAGGGAGAACGAGGAGAUCAGGGUCCAAGUCUCGACGGUGGGCGUCCGCGGGGAGCGGUCCAGCGACGGAGCCGGCCUUCAGAGAGGUGGCAGAGGGGCUCCGGCGGCCAGAAGCAGCGACUGGGGCAGCGGGCCCGGCCUCGGCCCCGGCUCCAUGUGGGACGGCUUCUCGGUCGAUCGCUACGCCCCGCGGGUCCGCUCGGCCGCCGGGCCGCCGCAGCAACACAGGGCGGCCGAGGAGGAGGACUGGGGCUGCCGGCCGGCCCGACGGCGGCCUCGCACCGCGCCCGGCGGCCGCAAAAUCGAGGCCGGUGCCGCCCGCCGCGGCCUAGUCGGCCCGGUCGCCAGGGCAACGGGCCCCUCGGCGCCCGCUGAUGACGACGCCGCCGCGGUCGCGUCAUUCUCGGCGCCCGGCGAUGACGCGGCGGUCGCCAGGGUAACGGAGCGGCUGUCGAGCGGGAGGAGGGGGAGGAGAAGGAGGCCAUGUCCGCCCGCUGUCGCCGCCUACCAGCGCUUCGUCGAGCAGUACCGCGCGGCCCUGGGCUGGGCUGCGGGCACAGGCCAGGCGGACGGGGACUCGGGCCUGCGGCAUAGGAGGGCGGCGAGUGACUACGAGGUGAAGGCGACCAAACUGGUGGAGCAGCGCCAUGAGCGGAUCAGGAAGAACAUCUUGGAGAAGGAGAGGAAGGAGCAGAUGGAGAAGAGGAGGCUGGUGAACGAGAGGCUGAAGCGGAGGGCGCUGGAGAGGCACAUCGCCGCCCGCAUGUGCCUGCAUGAGAUGGAGUGGUGCCGCAAGGACCAGGCCCGGAGCCGGCUGCAGAGCCUGCGGAGCUGUAGCCGCGAGCAGGCUGCCCAGUACCAGGCUGACCUCCAGGAGAUGAAGGAUCGGGUGGCCAGGACACCUUUCCUGUUUGAACAGGUCAUACAGAACAACAUCCGCAGCACCAUCGACCGCCUGUUCACCAGGGUGCUGGAGCGGCAGCAGCUGGACGAGGGGCUGGUGCUGAAGCUGAGCGCCGUGGGAGCCGCGACAACGGCCGGCCGACCCAGGCACGUUCACCUGGAGAGCCCGCCGGAGGACUGCGGCCGGUGAGUG